CCGGCGCGGCCAUCCGCGGAAAAAUGAGCUUCGUUUACAAAAGCUCGCUGUUGAACUUAAGAAAUUCAAUCAUCGAUGAAAUUGAGUGGAAUAUAGUGCGGGAUAUUCCCACUCAGCCGCCACCGGCUAUCGAAAGAAACGAAAGUGAGCCUUAGGAGGCUAAAUACGACACAUAGUGCGGGGUGGCAUCAGACCACCCAAUCGAAGUGAAUGAAUGAAUAACGAAUCCCAUUGAAUUGCCGGCCGGGUGCGGCCGUGCAACGGACAAAGAACACGUCGGCAAGUGAUAAGUGCUGCGUGAAAUGAUGCUGCUCAAUUAUGAGCCAGUGAACCACUGCCUGAGUGCAGUCCGCGUGUGGGGUGGCAUGAAACCACCCACCUAACUUAUUGAGCUGCCGCCCGAGUGCGGCAGAUGUAACUAAAUCAGGUGCACCGGCACGCAAAGGCCGUGUGUAAUAGUGCUGCUCGUAUCGCGAGCCAGUGACACGAAGCGAAAACCCGUCGGCAUAGUGCUACAAAUUGCCGGCGGAGUGAACCAAGCGAAGAAAAGUCCUCCUAAGCUGAGGUUAAAUAACACAGUGUUAACGAAGAACAGUAACGAUGAGUGAAAUUGAACAGGAACGUGCCGCAACGGCGGACGUUUUAAAAAAUCAAUUGACCGCUCUUGAGGGCGGUCUGAAGAACAUUUAUGACGAAGCGGUUCGGCUCGGCGAAAGUGAAGACCAGCCACCGCAAAUCGAAGUGAAAACGCGCAUUGCAAUGCUGGACGGCCUGUAUGCGCAGGCGUCUAGCGUACUCCUCAAACUCGAAGGCAUUGGUGGGCCCUCAAAAAGGAGGGCGCCCCUAAUGGCCUCCUACCUGCGAGUCAAGGUAAGUCUCGAAAAACUUUUAAACACGAACGAGUCGGGCCAAUGAUGCAAGCCCCACUCGACCAGACGAUGAACCCAACGGCGCGUGCAGACCAUCUACCAAGAAUCGAACUGCCGCGAUUUACAGGCUCGCCCACCGAGUGGCUGGCCUUCAAAAGCCGCUUUGAAAAGCGUAUACUAACACUACACGAAGAUGCGGAUAAAUUCGCAUUUCUGAACAAAUGCUUAGAGCGGUAUGAGCCCGCUCUAAAUACCAUGGAGGCACUCGAAAAUUCGGGUGUUAGCUUUGCCGAAGCCUGGGCAAAGCUCGAAGAACGCUUCUACAAGAAACGGGUAGCCUUUGAAGGCUAUUUUUCCAAACUGAUUCGCAUGAAGAAAGCGAACAACCCCAGUGCCAAGGCGAUAAUGGCACUUAUCGAUGCGUUGGACACAACGGUCCAUGCCGCAAAACAAAUAACGAACGAAACCAGCGGGCUCGAUUGCGUCGCAAACGGGCUAAUCGUCAGUGUCGUCAAAAGCAAGUUAGACGAUGCUACCCUCUCAAAACUAGAAGAACGAUUGGAUAUUCACAAGGUCUAUCCAUGGGUCGAGUUUAAAACUGAACUCGAAAGACGUGCCAACCAGCUGGCAUGUCAGCCGCACGAUGAAGGGCAGAACAAGCCCCGACAACCAACAAAGACCGCCGCUUUGGCUAGCACCAAAGUAGUGGAUUCACGCCCAUGUUUCGGGUGUAGUGAAAGUGGACACACCAUCUAUGCGUGUCCAAGCUACGCCAAUCUCAGCGUCCCCCAAAGGAAGCAAUUAGUAUCGAAAGAAGGACGAUGCUUCAAUUGCCUCGGAAGGGGACAUACCACAAAAGGAUGCAAAUCACCACAUCGAUGCCGUGAAUGCAACGGCCCUCAUCACUCGUCGCUACACGAGCAGCGAGACCCUAGGCCCACUGGAUCUAAUGACAAAAGAGAACCUAACAAGGUAACGCUCGAGAUGGCCGCAGGCCCUUCAAAGUGACUAAGCCAGGAAUAUGUAUUUUUGGCCACAGCUGAAAUCAACGUAAAGGGUGCCACGGCGUGGUACCAACUCAGAUGUCUGCUGGAUUCCGGCAGCCAAAUCGAAACUAUAACUGAAGAAGCAGCCCAAGCACUUGGGUUGCCCCAGCAUGACGCUCAUCUCACAAUAAAGGGGGUGGGUGGAUGUAUCAACACGAGUAAGAAAAUAAUAACAAAGAUGGCAUCUAGAUGCGGAAAAUUCCAAACUAUUAUUGAAAUGAUGGUGGUGCCCAAAGUACUGGAAGACCAACCAAACGCGCAGAUGAAACCCGAAUCUAUAAAGGUGCCAACCGGACUUACGUUGGCAGAUCCAACGUUUUACAAGAAAAGAGGAGUGGAAAUAUUACUCGGAGCGAGAAUAUUUUUCCAAAUCUUGGGCCACCCUAGCAGUAGUAUCUGUGAAAGUGGAAAACCAUGACGAACGUGAUGACGAGCAUCACGAUGAACUAGAUUGCCUAUUCAAGCAAUUUUGGAACCACGAUGCAGUUAGUGCAACUAACUCAAACUCAAAUGAAUGCGAAGAUCAUUUUCGCAUAAACACUACGGUAGGCUCGGAUGGAAAAUUCAUCGUCCGAAUUCCUAUGAACGGAGAGCCCGAACUACUAGGGCUUUCUUAUCAACAAGCUAAAAGACGCCUUCU